AUGCAAGUAGUUGAUUUCCUUGGCAGUCCAAGAUUUCCAACGAUACUUGAAACACUUUCGCUCUGUCCUGUCGUACUCCUCGUUUACCUCCUUGAUACGUUCCUCUUAAAGCCUUUGACAUCACCUUUACGGCACUUGGCUGGUCCACCUGGAGGAUAUGGUAUCAAUGGACAUAGUGCCCAGAUCAUGGACCUACAUGGAUCCACAGUACACGAUUGGAUAUCCACCUACGGCUCAACAUUCCUCGUCAGAGGUCCCCUCGGGAUCCAUCAUAGAAUAUUCACCUUGGAUCCCAGAGCGCUGUCUCACGUACUCAACAACACUCAGAUCUACUUCAAAUCACCCCUCCUAAGGAACCUAGUCAGAAGGUAUAUGAAAGAGGGUUUGAUAGUUGCCGAAGGUGAACGACACAAGUUACAGAGGAAAGUUGCUCAGAGGUUGUACUUAUGGUAUUUGAUACCUAUUUCUGCGUUGACAGUACGAUCCAAUAUGGCCAAAGGACUUAAACCCGAUCAGAAAUUGAGAGAUCACGAAAUCACAGGUCAAUUGUCUACGUUCAUGUUUGCGGGAUCGGAUACAACAGCAGGAACAAUCGCCAUGGGAUUAUAUCAACUUGCCAAACAUCCCCAAGUACAAGAAACUCUACGUGCGGAAAUAUCAGGCUAUGGAGAUAAUUUACCUUACGAGCAGAUUGACGAAUUACCAUACCUGGAUGCGAUUGCCAAAGAGGUAUUGAGAAUCAACCCAUCUUUACCGGGCACUGUUAGACAAACUCAGCAGGACGAUGUUAUACCUUUAUCUCAACCUGUUAAAUUGUCAAAUGGGAAGAUUGUCAGUGAGCUAAGAAUUAGGAAAGGUCAAUUGGUUCACAUCCCUAUCGAGCACUUACACACCUCGAAGGGAAUAUGGGGUUCCAACGCAGACAUAUUCGAUCCUUCUAGGUUUCUAGGAAGUGAGCAUCUGGAACCUUCCAAGACUCCUUUGACAGCAUCUUUUUCCUCGACUUCUACUUCUUGGCCAAUGGGUCCAACGGGUCCAACGGGUGAUCAACCCGGUUCCAUAGAGCCCAUACCCCGCAAAACAUCUAUACCAUCUAAUGUACCUUCUGGACCUGGCGUUUGGCCAAAUUUCAUGACUUUCAUUGAUGGACCAAGAAGAUGUAUAGGAUAUAAACUUGCUUUGAUGGAAAUUAAGAUAAUGUUCUUCAAGUUGAUUAAAGAUUUCCAGGUCUUGCCGAAAGAGGAUCAAAGGGUUUGGAGGUGGAAUAUGAUGAGCACAAGACCUUAUGUUGAAGGUACUUUGUAUGCUAAAGGGUCGAGUUUACCUAUUAUUUUCAAACAUCUAAAAGGUGAAGAUGAAACGACUAGUGAUAUAUCGAUUUCGAAAGAAGUGGAAUGA